AUGGUCUUCAAAAGAAUUACGCACAAGGCCAGCCAAAUGCUGACCGGCUCCGACGUGGUGAAGCAGACCGAUGUAAAAGUAAAGGCAUCCCUGGGGAAUGAGACCAAGGCGCUAAUCCCUGACCACUGCAAAGGAGGACAUACUGAUGGAGAGAGCACCCAUGUCAACACACAACCAGAUCAACAUCCCACCACAACAAACGACAAACAAAAAAUCCUCCACCUGCGAGCAAAAAAAAAAGUCAACCUAUUCCUGAAAAGGUACAAACUGGAAGAAUUUGAAGACAAAUAUGAAGAGGAGAAAUCAUUCAGGGAGACAAUCAAAAGCUACCACUCCAAUGAGCUAGGCAAGGAUUGUUCAUACGCAGUUUUCUUCUUUCGUCUUUUUAUGAAAGGAGAAUACUUAAAUGGGGAAGCUCUCACGGAAGCAUUGGCCAAGGACAAUCGGAAGGAUGCUCAAGUGCCAGACCACCUGCCUCUUCCCCACUUAAGUCAGUCUAACCCAGAUCAAACAUCAAAUAUAAGAAGCAAGAAUCUGAAGAAGUUCCUCGCCUUUCUUAAUGGAAGGAACACAAGACUCCUCAUGUGUGAUUAUUUAAAAAUUUUAAUGAACAAUAUACAAAACGAAAAUGAAAUUAGUACAAACUUCCUCAUCCUCGAAUACGUCGCUUCACACGAAACGAACCAGCAAAAUGAUUACACACCAAUAUGCAACACAUACAAAUUAAAAGGACACGUAAAGGAAGAGCACUCCACACUAUCCUACUCACUCAAUUCUGUGAAGGAAGCAGAUGGAAGUUCUCUUCCAAGUGCGGGACCCCUCAUGGAAAAUUCGCAAAAUCAACAUGUAGACAAUAAUGCAGAUGGAAGUAACACACAAAAAAAAAAUAAUAAAAAUGUCACAAACUCGGCCGAAGUAACUACCCAUGGGGGGGAUAGAAGCGAAGAAGCGAUUGCCUCCUCAGAAGAAGCCACACCAAAGGGUAGUGAACACAGGGAAGGAGACAAUGUGACACAAAAAAAGGCAAAUACAGAUGUUGUACAAAUGAAUGAACCCUUGUUUAACAAAAUCUUAACCAACUUUGUAACCGAAUUGAGGAGUUUCUUCGUCUCCCUACUUGCAAAAAUACAAACUAGCCAAAUUGUAUCACAACUCAUAAUUGCCUUUGCAGAAAUCUGCCUCACCUUAACACCUUACUAUGUACAUAUAAUUAACUGUAUAGAAGUUCUCUCCGAUUUUGCAAAUAUAAUUCCGAUCAGACAUAUGGACCAGUUCAUCAGUUUCUUCAAAACAAACAAAAAUAUCUUCAUUGAAAAAUACAAAGUGUUUCAAAAUUGUGUUAUUUUUAAUGACCCUAUAAAAACGCAGUCGUCAUCCAUCUUGUUACACUCACAAAAAAAAAAAAAUAAUACAAUAAAAAAAUGCAAGAAAAUAAAUAAAUUAAAAAAGAUAAAGGAAGAUUACUUAACCAUUCUUAAUUUGCAAAAAGAAUUUGAAGACAAAUAUGAAGAGGAGAAAUCAUUCAGGGAGACAAUCAAAAGCUACCACUCCAAUGAGCUAGGCAAGGAUUGUUCAUACGCAGUUUUCUUCUUUCGUCUUUUUAUGAAAGGAGAAUACUUAAAUGGGGAAGCUCUCACGGAAGCAUUGGCCAAGGACAAUCGGAAGGAUGCUCAAGUGCCAGACCACCUGCCUCUUCCCCACUUAAGUCAGUCUAACCCAGAUCAAACAUCAAAUAUAAGAAGCAAGAAUCUGAAGAAGUUCCUCGCCUUUCUUAAUGGAAGGAACACAAGACUCCUCAUGUGUGAUUAUUUAAAAAUUUUAAUGAACAAUAUACAAAACGAAAAUGAAAUUAGUACAAACUUCCUCAUCCUCGAAUACGUCGCUUCACACGAAACGAACCAGCAAAAUGAUUACACACCAAUAUGCAACACAUACAAAUUAAAAGGACACGUAAAGGAAGAGCACUCCACACUAUCCUACUCACUCAAUUCUGUGAAGGAAGCAGAUGGAAGUUCUCUUCCAAGUGCGGGACCCCUCAUGGAAAAUUCGCAAAAUCAACAUGUAGACAAUAAUGCAGAUGGAAGUAACACACAAAAAAAAAAUAAUAAAAAUGUCACAAACUCGGCCGAAGUAACUACCCAUGGGGGGGAUAGAAGCGAAGAAGCGAUUGCCUCCUCAGAAGAAGCCACACCAAAGGGUAGUGAACACAGGGAAGGAGACAAUGUGACACAAAAAAAGGCAAAUACAGAUGUUGUACAAAUGAAUGAACCCUUGUUUAACAAAAUCUUAACCAACUUUGUAACCGAAUUGAGGAGUUUCUUCGUCUCCCUACUUGCAAAAAUACAAACUAGCCAAAUUGUAUCACAACUCAUAAUUGCCUUUGCAGAAAUCUGCCUCACCUUAACACCUUACUAUGUACAUAUAAUUAACUGUAUAGAAGUUCUCUCCGAUUUUGCAAAUAUAAUUCCGAUCAGACAUAUGGACCAGUUCAUCAGUUUCUUCAAAACAAACAAAAAUAUCUUCAUUGAAAAAUACAAAGUGUUUCAAAAUUGUGUUAUUUUUAAUGACCCUAUAAAAACGCAGUCGGUGGGAGCUAGACUUAUUGGCUUUAUAAAAAAUUUACAAAAAAAAAAUUACCUAAAUAAGAAACAAAAGUCAAGCAACGUUUUCUUUCUUCACAUGUUACUGUCUGAAUGCCUGCCCAUCAACCACCUUGGCUUUUGCAACAGACAGUCUGCAAAAAAUAAUUUCCACCUUUUCUUUUACGACUCCAUGACCCGUUGUAAAAACGCCUCUACCAAUGAGUCCCUUAUUUUUAAUGACUUCGAAUUGGGCAUACAGGAAAAUGCCAAAAAUCACAACAAAAUUAGGGAACUCAUUUUGGCUGAAAUGGACUCCUUGUGUCGGCAAGCCCCCCCCGACGGUGCCAUGUCUUGCACUGCGACAGAGGCCAAGACGGACGGAGAUGAGGUCGAUCAUCAUCACGACGACGACGAGGGGGACAAAGGCAAAAAGGCCCCCACACAUGGCGGCGACUCCAGCGGAAAGCGAAAGAGAGACGAAGAGGACAAUCCAGACCAAGUCACCCACAGUGAUAAAAAAGAUAACAAAAGACAGAAGCGGAACAAAGUAACUGAAAAUACAAAUGAAGAAAAUAAAAAUUACAAAGCAUACUUGGCAUACCUCUAUCUCAUCUCCUUUGUCCGCUACCCUGAAAUGUGUACAGCCCAAAACUGUGCACCACUGGAAGACGCCUACCACUCAUUUAACCUCUUCAUGGCACAUGUGAAAAAUUUAAAAAAAAAAAAUCUCACCAGUUCAAAAAUGGUGAAGGAAUAUUUAUACAAUGCCGAUAUUGACUUCCUGGGAAAUGUACACAUUUACAAUUUACUCAUUCGUGAUAAAAAUUUCCUUUGCGUUUUCUUUUUUAACAUCCUCCUUGUCCUCAACUACCUCAAUAUUGAACUCAACAUUUUAACGCCCACUGCAAAUGAAGCCUCAUCCAAUGAACACAAAACGAAUGAUUCAAAAAUGAAAGAAACAAACCGCUCGAACACUUCUACACAUAAUGUAGAACCCGCAAAUCAAUCUGCAUCUGCCCACUCCUUAGAUGCAACAAAAAGUAACGAAGACAAAACUGCCACCUCUCCAUUUUCACGCAACUCCGCAAGAGCAUACGCAAAAAAUAGCAAAGAGGAAACAUCGCACAUGAGCAGCAACACAAGCAGUCUUAACACCAAGGGAAGAGAUAACGACUCCGCUCAACCAGGCAUGGCAAAUACAAGUAGAGGUAACCACAAUGGCCCCAGAGAAAGUAAAGAUGUCAGGGACAACAACGCAAGCGAUACAAAAGGUAAUGAUCACCAAUCAGUUAGCGAAAGGACAAAACAUAUUUUCCAUUCAUUCGUAAAGGAUUUAUUACGUUAUCUAGGGAACUCAAAAAGCUUGCAUUUCUUUAUGAGCCUUCUCGCCUCCGAGUACUGCUGGUACACGUGGAAAAAACAACUCACAGGAAAACCGACCAAAGAAAAUUUACAACCCUGUUUCGAAUUUAUACGUAUGGAAGAUCAAUCAAACAGCUUCAUAAAAAAUAAAAAGGAGAAAACGAAUAUUAGGGAUAGCGGCAUGGUCGAUGAAAAGUCCUCUCCUCUGCACAGUCUCAUUCAGCUCGUACAUAAUUUUGAAGUGCUAAAUGAAAAAAUGAAAAAUUAUUAUCUAGCCAAUUUGGAUAACCCUAAUUUGAGAAAGAACCCAUACAAGUACACAAAACUGAUGUGUGCAAAUUGUGACAGUGGUGUGAAGCGGGAAAUGCAGUCAUGUAUUGGUGAUACAAAUGAGAGGGAGGAUAGCCAGGUGCCUGCCUCAACCUCGCGACAAAUCUGCACCAAUGCGGAAGAGAUGGACCAGAUAGGGCACCUCGCCAAGGACACCAUCAAUGACACGUCUGACGUAACUACAGACGAAGUGGAUGAAGCGGAUGAAGCGGCCGACGUCAUGACCUACCCCCAAAACCAACGAGACAUACGAAAAAUGAACAACUUCCUCCUCGAAAUUAACAAAAUUUACCUCGGCAGACAGGCCGAGUUCUGGGAGCUACACGAUACGGACUCAGUUACAGAUUUGAAAAAAAAAAAUAAUGAAGAAAAAAUUCUAAUGGAAAAACUAAUUGACAAACUGGAAGACUAUAAACAGAAAAUGCAAAUCGAUAAUGACCCGGUUAACGAAAUUGAGGAAAGUGAAAAAAGCAAAAACGACCCCGUCUUCAAAUUCAGACUAGCCAAAUUGUUUAUCGUUAAGUAUAUUGACCUGUACACUAUUGUUAAGGAUAAGGAAUUUUCCACCGACUGUGACUUUUUGUACAAUUUGAUGGUACACAUGGAUAAAAAUUUGGCCAAAAAAAAAAUUCUGCUCAGCGCACAGGAGGGAGAAGGGGGCGAUGUAAACGAGGAAGCCGACGGACAGGAAAAAGAGGAAGGGGAAGAAGCUACAGCGGAAGCCGAAUCGGAGCCGAAAGAAUAG